AUGCUUCCGGUGGUGUUGCAUCAUGGGUCCACGGCACAUGUUCAGACAGCGCUACACAAAGAGUACACAAAGAGUACACAGAGCAGCCUGGGCGUGGGCACCUCCGAAUACCUGCCGAGCGACAUCAUCCGUCUGCGUCACCCCCGCCUCCAGGUGCAGUAUGUGAUCCAAGGUUAUCAUAAACGCAGGGAGUACAUCGCCGCCUUCCUGAGCCACUUUGGAACCGGUGUUGUAGAGUACGACGCUGAGGGAUUCACCAAACUGACCUUGUUGCUCAUGUGGAAGGAGUUCUGUUUCUUAGUGCAUGUGGAUUUGCCGUUGUACUUCCCCCGGGACCAGCCCACCCUCACCUUCCAGUCGGUUUAUCACUUCACCAACAGCGGUCAGAUCUACUCCCAGGUGCAGAAGUCUUAUCCCUACAGCCCUCGCUGGGACGGCAACGAGAUGGCCAAAAGAGCAAAAGCCUACUUCAAGAGCUUCAUCCCGCAGUUCCAAGAGGGAGCCUUCGCCAACGGGAAGCUGUAG